AUGAAUAAGGAACUUGAGGCUCUUGAAUUAAAUGUUACUUGGGAAUUGACUACUUUACCUCCUAAUAAGACUGCUAUUGGGUGCAAAUGGGUUUAUAAAACCAAAUUUAAGCCCAAUGGAUAUAUUGAGAGAUGCAAUGGAAAAGUAGUAGCUAGAGGGGAUAAGCAGAUUUCCGGUAAGGACUACAAACACACUUUUAGUCCUGUUUUUAGUCCUGUGGCAAAACUGACAACUGUUAGGGUCAUCAUUAGGGAUGUCAGUAGGGCAGGUCAAGAUAUACAACAGUUGGAUAUAAACAAUGCUUUUUUGCAUGGUUUUCUUGAUGAGGAGGUUUAUAUGACACCUCCACCUGGAUAUAAAAAGGAAAAACCAGGUCAAUCAAAACAGAAUUAUUUUAUGUUUGUUUUGGCAAGGGAUGGUGAAUUUACAGUAGUAGUGGCUUAUGUUGAUGAUUUGUUGCUGACUGGCAGUAAUUCAUUGAUAAUUCAUGCAUUAAAGGCAGAUUUACAUUCUGCUUUUACCAUCAAAGAUCUGGAAAGCUUGAAGUAUUUUCUUGGUAUUGAAGUAUCUAGAACUGAUGCUGGAAUUCUCCUGAAUCAAAUAAAAUAUAUUCUGGAUCUUUUGAAGGAUCAUAAUAUAAUGAAUUGUAAUCAUGCUCUCUUUCCUUUUCCUAAAGGGAUGAAGCUAAGUAAUUUUGAAGGAGAUAUGUUCGAAGAUCAUGAAUUCUACAGAAGGUUAAUUGGUAAACUUCUGUAUCUGAAUAUGACUAGACCCAAUAUUUCAUAUUCAGUUCGACAGCUAAGUCAAUUUUUGGGUGCUCCAAGGGUUCAUCAUCUAGCUGCAACAAUUCAUGUUCUCAUAUAUAUGAAAGGCUCACUCAAUAUGGGUUUGUUUUAUCCUGCUACUUCAGGUCUGCAUUUAUCAGCUUUUAGUGAUGCUGAUUGGGGAGCUUGUGAUGAUUCAGACAGGUCUCUUACAGGUUAUUGUUCAGGCCUAAUCAAGUUGAAGCAUGUUUCUUCAGGCCAGCAACUUGCUGAUAUCAUGAGCAAACCUCUUGGUUCUGAUCAGUAUAGAGCACUAUCUUCUAAGAUUGGUCUUGUGCAGCAAAGUUCAGCUCAAGAAUGGUCUGUGUUGCCUGUCCCCAGUCAUUCUUGA